GUGACACCUAUUAAACCAGGAAAAAGUACGUUUCACCCAAAACAAUUCCAGACUAGCUUUGUGAAAAACCGGAAAUCACAUUCUCCGUGACUGACAGCCUACAUAUUUGUGUCGACAUGGAUGAAACACUUUUCCAGCUUAAGUUUACCUCUAAACAACUUGAGAGACUUGCUAAGAAGGCCGAGAAGGAGUCAGAAAAGGAGCAGGCCAAGGUUAAGAAGGCUUUGCAACAGAAAAAUGUCGAUGUCGCCAGAGUUUACGCAGAGAAUGCCAUCCGGAAAAAAAAUGAAGGUCUUAACUGGCUGCGCAUGGCGUCACGAGUCGACGCAGUGGCCUCUAAAGUUCAGACUGCUGUUACCAUGAAGGGGGUCACUAAAAGCAUGGGCCAGGUGACCAAGGCACUGGACAAAGCUUUGAACUCUAUGGACCUCCAAAAGGUCUCUGCAGUCAUGGAUAAGUUUGAAAGCCAAGUUCAGAACCUUGACGUCCACACAUCUGUAAUGGAGGAUUCUAUGAGUUCAGCUAUGACUCUGACCACACCUCAGGAGCAGGUGGAUGAUCUGAUCCACCAGAUAGCAGAACAGAACGGCCUGGAGGUGAUGGAUCAGCUCAAUGAUCUGCCUGCUGGAGCUACCUCAUUGAGCGGAGAGAGCUCACGGGUCCAGGAGAAGGAAGACCAACUGUCCCGACGGCUGGCUGCUCUGCGAAACUGAACAGCGCUGCAGAAGAGACGCCGAGCGAGCUGACAGCUGCAUGGAAGCAAAUGAGUUUGUAAGCUAGGCCUCGACAGGAACUAUUUGUGUUUCAACUGAACUGUUCCUCCUGGAAGGACUUAAUGAGUAAAUUGAUUAUCUGCCCCCGCUGGCCCAUAAAUAAACACACACACAGCAGCUAGAAAUAGCAUCUGAGA